GAGAAUUGAGUGUGUUCGUUUUUGGUACUAUAAAUUUAAAUUCCCAACCAAUUGAUAUAUAUUCCAAUUGGACGGUUAUCGAUUAGAGGCGCAACAGCUGAUUUUGAUAGUGCCACCCUGGUUGCGUUCGAUUUAAGUUGAAUUUUAAUUAAUUUUCGCCGGUUAUCACACAAAUGGCAGUGCCAAAGGCCGCCAGCCACCGCCCGGCUGUUCGGCGUAAGAAAUCUGCUACUCUGGUGGACUCCAUCCUGGACAAAUACCUGAAUGUGCGGUUCUUCAAGUACCUGCUGCUGGAGCCGGCCGCUUUGCCCAUAGUUGGAUGGUUUGUUCUCCUCGCGGAGGCGGUGAUCAACGUGGUGGUCAUCCAAAGGGUUCCAUAUACGGAAAUCGACUGGGUGGCCUACAUGCAGGAGUGCGAGGGCUUCCUCAACGGCACCACCAACUACGCGCUGCUCCGCGGAGACACCGGUCCACUUGUGUAUCCUGCUGCAUUCGUUUACAUUUACUCGGUUCUCUACUACGUGACGUCUCACGGAACAAAUGUCCGUCUGGCGCAGUACAUCUUUGCCGGUAUCUACCUGCUCCAGCUGGCCCUGGUGCUAAGGUUAUACUCGAAGAGCCGGAAGGUGCCGCCGUACGUCCUGGUGCUUAGUGCGUUCACCUCGUACCGCAUCCACUCUAUCUACGUGCUGCGGCUCUUCAAUGAUCCAGUGGCAGUGUUGCUGCUCUAUGCUUCACUCAAUCUCUUCCUGGAUCGGCGAUGGACUUUCGGGAGCAUCUUCUUCAGCUUUGCCGUCGGUGUUAAGAUGAACAUCCUACUGUUUGCUCCGGCUCUUUUCCUCUUCUACUUGGCUAAUCUGGGACUUCUAAAGACCAUUCUGCAGUUGGCCGUUUGUGGAGGGAUACAACUACUGCUGGGAGCUCCUUUCCUAGUCACUUAUCCUGUGGAGUAUCUGCGAGGAAGUUUUGAUUUAGGCCGCAUCUUUGAGCACAAGUGGACAGUUAACUACCGGUUUUUGAGCAGAGAACUUUUCGAGAACCGUUCUUUCCACCUGUCGCUCUUGAGCCUACAUCUACUGCUGCUCCUGGCUUUUGCCAAACCCACAUGGACCUUCUUUCAGAGCUACGUGCGCCUGCGCCGCGUUGAGGAUCAGCUGCAGCCCCAAAUAGCGCAGCAGAAUCGUGAUGUGAAGGCUCAGAAAAAGCUGAAGAAGGCAGAAAAGGACAAGGAUCAGAAGCAGUUCACAUCCGAGCAACAGUCCUUCCUGAAAGCCUUCGAGAAGAGCCUGCAAAAGGCAUCUGGAGGAAAGGCAACCCCAGCUCCUGUACAGUCUGAACCAGAUCGCUACGGUAUUCACUUUGAUCGCUGCACUCAGCUGGCCCUGCUCCCAUUCUUCCUCUGCAACCUUGUGGGCGUGGCCUGCUCUCGCUCCUUGCACUAUCAAUUCUACGUUUGGUACUUCCACUCACUGCCCUACUUGACCUGGUCUACGCCGUACUCUUUGGGAGUGCGAACUCUGAUCCUGGGACUCAUCGAGUACUGCUGGAACACAUAUCCCAGUACGAAUUUCUCCAGCGCUGCCCUGCACUUCACCCACAUCCUACUACUUGUUGGUGUGGCCAAGCAACUGAUCCAGACCAUGCGUUUGAACAAUGCGGUCAAGAAGGAGCAGCAGAAGAAGGUUCAGUAGAGGGAGAACUUUCUAACCGCGAGUGCCACUUUAAUCAUUUUCGUCAUGACAAAAAAUGAAAUAAAAAAGUACAUUAAAUACCUUUGAAAAUUACAAA